AUGAUCCAACGGGUCCUCCUCAAGAAAGCUAUGGUAUUGGCUUUGCUUCACCAAAGCGAUAACCCGAGGUUUAAUCUCAAAUUAUUGGCCCUCUUGUGUCCGGAUGGGUCUACGGCUCUGGAGAAACUCUGCACACCGGCUGGGUUAGGCUCCGGUUCUAAACCUCCUUGUGGUAGGUGGUCUCGAACUCCUACUAUAGGCGGCUCAUCAAGGUGA